GAUCCUUGCUAUGAUUACAAAAACCUCAGUGAUGCCUCUAGAAAGAGUAGUUACAAAAUACGCGAGAACCAAUGUGAUGACAAACUCCAAGAGGGAUGGUAUCGUUUUGUGGGAGCUGCAGGAACAAAAAUGCCAACAACGCGUGUGCCAGCAUUAAGUUGUGGUACAACCUACUCUGGCUGGUUAAUCAGAAAAGAUUCUCCUCCUUUCACGGAGGUCUGCUUCAGUAAACAAAACACUGGAUGCAAAAAUACUGUGAGUAUCUCUGAGAAAGAAUGUGGAUCCUACCAUAUUUACAAACUUUAUCCGACAAAAUGUCCAAGGCGUUAUUGUGGUUCAGACUGA